AUGAACUCACAAUCAAGCUCACCAACAGCUGAUGGAGGAAGAGAUCAUGCUCUCAUCACAAUUGCAGCGACAACCAAUAUCCAGACGACACCAUUGGACCAAAGAAUCCUGGAAACAAGAUGGCUUCUGCAUCCGUUAGCAGGAAAGGAAUCUUAUUGCAUCUUCAAGGUACGUCAAUGCCUUGCGGAAAUAAACAAGAAGACUUACCAGCCCCAUAUUGUCUCCUGUGGUCCAUAUCACCAUGGUGAUGAACAUUUGGAGAUGAUACAGGAACACAAAUGGAAAUAUGUUCGCGAUCUACUUGCUCGAACACCUCCAAACGGCCCAACAUUUGAUUACUAUCGGCAAGUGGUGGCAGCAAAGGAAGCAGAUAUAAGAGGGUGCUAUUCGGAGACCCUCAGCUUAAGCAGGGAUGAUCUAGUUCAGAUGAUGGUGUUGGAUGGUCUCUUCACUAUUGAACUCUUUUGCAGACUUGAAGGAUUGUCACUAGGUGAUGAAUACAAGCACGACCCCCUCUUUAAAUUGAAAUUCAUAUUCGCUAAUAUCCUAGAUGAUCUUUUUCGUUUUGAGAACCAAAUUCCUUUCUUUGUUCUUCAAGACUUAUUUGAUACAUCAAAACCUUCAAGAGCAUAUAGUGACAAAUCCCUUGCCGAACUUGCCUUGACAUUCUUUAACCAUGCAUUUGAAACACCUGAUCAAGUGUUAGAUCAGGAUUCCAGUGCUGAUGGUGAAGUAAAACAUUUACUCGAUUUACUCCGCCGGAGUUUUAUCCCUAAUUCACUUCAAGAGGAGCCUGUUCAACCGAUUGAAUUAAUCCAAUCAGCCAAAAAGCUUCAUCUAGCUGGAAUUAAGUUCAAGACAAGGAAGGCAGUGAGCUUCUUAGACGUAAGAUUUUGCAAUGGAGUGCUGGAAAUUCCACACAUAGAAAUCGACGAUGUUCUUACUGAUCUGUUGAUGAAUUUUGUAGCAUUUGAACAAUGCUACUCUUAUUGCACAAAGCAUGUGACAACUUAUGCUGCAUUCAUGAGUUGCCUGAUCCGCACUCCAGCAGACGUAUCGUUUCUCUGUGACAAGAACAUUAUCGAGAAUUAUCUUGGAACUGAUGAGGAGGUUGUUCAUUUCUUCAAAAACCUUGGCAAAGGUGUGCCUUUAUAUGUUGGUGAGGGUCAUCUAUCGAAUUUGUUCAAGGAAGUGAAUGAGUACCAUAGAAAUGUGUGGCAUGUGCAAUGGGCAGGUUUCAGAUCCAAGUAUUUCAAUACUCCAUGGUCGUUCUUGUCUGCUUUAGCUGCAGUUAUACUCCUACUACUCACUGCAAUUCAGACCUUCUUUACUGUUUAUGGAAAGAAGUGA